AUGCCGGCUAAAUCGUUUAACAGCUUUGUUGAAGAGAAGCUGGGAAAAUUCCCACAUUUUGUGAUAUAUGCCAUUCUUGAAUGGGUGAUGAUCAUUUUGCUAUUCGCCGAUGGGUUCCUCGCCUUCAUUUCCAAUGAAUUCGCCAAGUUUUUCGAAUUGAGAAUUCCGUGCUUGUUUUGUACGAGGAUUGAUCAUGUUCUCAUUCAUAAGCAUUCGAGUUUUUACUACAACGAUUCCAUAUGCCAGGUUCAUAAGAAGGACAUCUCGUCCCUCGCAUAUUGCCAUGUGCACAAGAGGCUAUCUGAUAUUCGUAAUAUGUGUGAAGGUUGCCUUCUUUCGUAUGCAACGGAGAAAGAUUCUGAUUGCGAAAAGUACAAGUCUCUAGUAGGGAUUUUGCACAAGGAUAUCAAUUUGUUCGUGGAGGAUAAUCCAAGAACAACAUAUAUCAAACCGGGAAAGAAGGGUGAAAUCGAACAGUUUGACAAUAAGGCUGGGAUUCUCAGAUGUUGUUGUUGUAAUGAGCCUUUAAAAAUAAGACCCUCCUCACAGUAUAACAGAAGUUUAUCAAUGAAUGCUCCAACUCCAUCUCCUCGGGCAACCUUACUAAAAAAGGAAGAAGGACGAAACAUAGAAUUGCCUCACUAUAGGUACUCAGAGCUUAGAUUCACAUCAGACGCCGAAUCAGUACUACCUGAGGAGGAAUGUGCUUCAAAUGGAGAUAAUCAGAGUAGAGAAUAUAUGAAACCACUACUACCAGAUUCUGAGGAUUAUGAAGAUUUUUGCAAAACUCCAAGUUUUGUCCGAGGAGGAAACAAAUUUUUUGGGAUUUCAUUGUCCGAUUCAACUCAAGCCAGUCCUAGAUGGGCUAACAAGGGAGCUCGAAAACAAUUGGUCGACAACUUCUUUUCCGAGCUUAAUGACUCAAAUGCUCCAAAUGAGAUAGACAACAUGUUGAGUCGUUUGAAGAGACAAGUUCGUUUGGAUCACAAGUCCCUGAUAGAUUUAUACAUGGAACUAGACGAAGAACGAAGUGCUUCUGCAAUUGCUGCGAACAACGCAAUGGCUAUGAUUACUAGACUGCAAGCAGAGAAGGCUGCUGUCCAAAUGGAGGCCUUACAGUAUCAGAGAAUGAUGGAAGAGGAGGCAGAAUAUGAUCAGGAAGCUCUGCAAGUAAUGAAAGACUCGCUGUUAAAAAGAGAGGAAGAAAUAAAGAUUUUAGAGUCUGAACUCGAGGUGUAUAGAGAAAAAUACGGGCAGAUCAAGAAAAUAGGCAGUGACAGUGUUGAAGCCGAUGCUGAUGAAAAUUAUCAAGAAAUAAAAUCUCAGUCCUUGUCGUCGUUUGGUGAGAAAUCAGACUGUGGUAGCUCAAGUGGAGCAGAUCAAAAUGAAAAAGAACGUCCUUAUGAUAGAACAAUGGAAUAUGGUGGAGAGAUUUCGGAUGAAUCACAUUUAGAUUUCGAGAGUGAGAGGUCUUAUCUUUUAGGUGUUUUGACUCAACUCGAGAAAAAGAUAAACGCGCCUUUGGAUGAAGGAUCUGAUUCCUUAGAGGUAGAUACACCUAUGCUUGAAGACGGUACUAAAGUCACGCUUAGAAGAGAAGUUUCUACUAUUAGGGAGAGGUUGAGAGCUAUUGAAGCAGAUAGUGACUUCUUAAAGCACAUUGCAAUGACACCACAAAGAGGCGGUGAAGCAACUAAACUCUUGACCGAGAUAGCACAUCAUCUUCGGAAGCUUAGGCACUCGAAUAAAAUUUCAUCAGACGACACAGAUGCAUGA